CAGUUCUCUGACUAGUUAUAGGUUUCCUCGCCAGGCAUAAAAGCUAUCUUGCUUCUCAAGGCUUUAGGCCUGCAUGCACUCCAUUGACUGACACUGCUGACUUGUCUACCACCGUAUGGACUGCGAAGCCGACCUGCGAAGCAUCUCGUUCUGCAAAAUUCGGAGCCGUGUCGAUUUCGGUGCUAAGCGUCAGGAAUAAUCGAUCUAGUAUUUUGGAGUUACUCUUGAGCUUUAGGAGCUAUCAGAUUAGAGCAGGAGUUAUUUAUAUGCUUGCGGAGUUAUCAAUGUAUGGAUAUCAGGAGUUAUUCAUGAGCAUCCACUGCUAUCGUUAAAAACUUUUCAGGAGUUAUUUAUAAGCUUCCGGAGCUAUCGAUUCUCAGUUGUCAGGGGUUACUCAUUAUCGUCGUAAGCUUUCAGAAAGGCCGUCGACCUGGAAUCAUCAGGAGACUUUCAGCCGUCUCAGAGCUAUCGAUCUAGACUUCAGGAUUCAUGGAUUCACGGACUUCCGAAUUCCUGCACGCGAUGGCGAGGAGUCCUGGCGACGCUUCCGCUCCUGGGGAGAGGCCCGUCGCGCAAGAGCCGCUGACUCUCGCAGAGAUGGAGAACUUCCUCCAACACAUGCUGUCCUACAACCACGAGGAUCAGGAACAAGAGGUCUGGGAGUCUCUGGCAGCAACUGGUGUCUCCAUCUCUUCCGUCGUCGAGUCCCUCCGCCUCACAAUGGAAUCUUCCCAGAAGCCUCCCGUCGUCAGGCUCACAGCCGCUGCAGUCUUCCUGAACCUGUUUCUACUACCCAACUGCCCCGUUUAUAGUGUCUUCAAUCCGCUCGCUUUUAGCACAAUGAUACAGACCCUCCGACAGGUUAUCGUAGGGAACCCCCCCAGUGCCUCAAAUGUCGGCACGGAUGCACCAACGAAUGACAGUGGGAGGAAGAAGAGGAACCAUAGGAAAGGGAAGGGUACAGAUAAGCAGCGGAAAUCGUCGAUGAGGAUUGACGAGGACGAAACGGGCGACUUCUCGGACGAAGAUGGUAACCAGCGUGGCGGCGACGAGACUCAGAGCAGGCUAGGCGUUACGCUCUUGUCCGUGUUGGGUAACCUCUCGCAAGCGCUCGAGGUUCUGAAGCUGGCGAAUCAGAGCGAGGCACGUAAGGCGCUGCUGGGGAUGCUAGUGGAGGUCGCGCGGUUUUCGCUGGACGAUCAGCAGUGGGGGGAGGGAGGCAGGGGACGCGUCGGUGCGGAUCGGACGAGGGUUACGGUGGGCGGAGGCCGGACGGUGGAGGCCUGGAGACUUCCGUACCACAUGCUUCUCAAGCUAAUGGAUCCGCAGCACGGCAAACCUCUGGAGUCAGCCGCUCGUGUUCUCAUGGCCCUUGGCCCGUACAUCCUCAUGACGCACGCUGACGUCACCGUCGCCACCAGCAGCAGCACCAGCAACGGCACACAGACACCCAGCCUCGUUUUCCCCUCGCAGCUGCGGUCUCGCGGCCUCGAUUUUGUCACAUCGGAUAUCCUCACGAGAGCGCCAAAGGAAACGAUCCCUGCGGUUGAGUCCCUAAUGCGGUAUCUGUGCCUGCACGCGCCUGAGAGAGCGGAAGGGAGAGCGGCAGCGGUGGAGGCCGUUGUGAAGGUGUACGGAGCGGUGGGGAGGAAGGAGAGGGAGAGGUUCUUCCUGUUCGUGGGGAAGCUGGCGCGGGUUGAUAGAGCAGCCGCGAGGGUGGUGGCUGUCGAUUUGAGUGCUGCUCUGGGGUCACCUUCACAGGGCGAUGCCCAGACUGGCAGGGAGAAUGGAAACGGCAGGGGGGUUGGAAACGGCCGAGCCGUUCUGAUCGCUCGUGUGGGCAGCUGUUUGGAGCUCAUGUACCGCAGAGCCUCGGACGUCAGUCCCACCGUGCGAGCUCGCGCCCUCGUGGCGCUCACUGCGUCUCUUCGCACGCUGAAGGGCCGCCCCUCGCUCUUGGACUCUGUUCUUGCUGACCAUGCACGGGCCAGUAAUCUGGCGGGAGCAGCGGACCCAGGAGCAACUCCGGGUGGUGGGCCAGGGCUGAGGGGACAACCCGUGCCUGGUGCAGGAGUGGGGGUUGGGUGUUCAGGGCUGGGUGUGGAGGAGGUACUGGGCAUGGUGAGGAGGCGGCUGGAGGACGAGAAGGGGCUGGUGCGCAAGGCGGCAGUGGGCGCUCUGGAGGAGAUCGUGGGGCUGUCGAGCCUGCCGCUGAGGGAGGAGCUCGUUGACGCUAUUGGCGAGCUGUGCUCCGACUCGCUGCUGAGCGUCAGGAGAGUGGCUCUCACGGCAUUAUCUAAGCUGACCGUGUCCAACCCAGGCCACGUGUGGCUGCGCGCCAAGUGGCUGCAAUCCGCCCUCGUGCUCAUCCUCGACAACGAGGCGUGCGUGCAAGACCAGGCCUUGGACCUCCUCGCCUCCCUGCUCCUCCAACCCCUCGGCCAAAUCUCCACUUCUUCCCGCCCCUCUGCCUCCACAAGGGUGGGCCUGUGCAAGGAUAGGCCGCUGCACGUGUGUGUGAAGGGGAGGGGGGUGCCUCCUGCUCCGGUGCUGUGUGAGGGAGAAGGGGUGUGCGAGGCGUGUGAGGGGCCUGCUAGGGGAGAGGGUGUGGGAGCAGUAGGAGGAGGAAAUGCAGCAGCAGCAGGAGGAGGAGGAGGAAGUGGAGCAGCAGCAGCAGCAGCAGCAGAUGGGUCAGUGCGGAGCACAUUGGCGUGGCUGAUGGCGGUUGGUCAAAGGAGCUCGUCUGUGGCGCCCCUGCUGCACCGCGCAUGUGCGGUUCUAGCCCGGCGAAAUGGGCUCAAUACGAGGCUUGUGGAAGGGCUGCAGGCCGUGAUCGAAGCGGCAGAGGGAUGGCAGAUCGUGCAGCAGCAGCAGCAGCAGCCGGAGCAAGGGGGAAGCCCAAUAUACCAGCAACAGCAGCAGCAGCAGCAGCAGCAGCGGAAUACUCGCGAGCAGGAAGCGGGAAGCAGUCUAUGGAGGUGGGUGGUGAGGGGCGCGUGGCUGCUACUGCAGGAAGUGACCUCCUUCUCUCCGCAGGGGGUCAGGUGGGAGUUUCUGAUCUCCAGGUGGCGGGACGGCAGGACGCAGCAGGAGGCAGGAAACAGCAGCAUUGCGGGGGAUGCUGCAAUGCCAGGCAGUUCUGUUGACGACACUGCUACCCCAAGCCGUGCUGCUGACGGCACAGCUAGUCCAGAGCGUGAUUCCAGGGAGCUGGGCGGGCAAGAGAGGGAGGCGCAGGUGCACGUCCUCAAGGCGCUCUGCAACAUCGCUGCACGGAUUCCGGGCGAGAAGGCUGUUGACGUGGCAGCAGGCCUGCUGCACAACCUGCGCAGCUUCCAGCUAUCGCCGGAAGAGGCUGGGGUGCACAUGGUCGCUCUUGCCACUCUCAACCGCCGUGCAGCUGCUGGCAGCGGCAACACCACCAACAGCGGCAGAAACAGUAGCAACAGAAGCAACAGCAACAGCAACAGCAACCACAGAAGCAACAGCAGCAUACCUGCUCCUGGAGGUGGUCGAGCAGCGGAAGCAGGAUCCUCUAUCAGCCAAUCACCGGAAGCAGCCAUUGCCACAUGGUGUCUGGAGCUGUGCACGCAAGCCACUGCCAUCGUGCGAUCACAUCUCAUUGCAGGUGGCAGCCAGCUGGGGAGCCCUGGCCAGAGAAGGGAGAGAUUGAGGGAGGCGCAGCAGGAGGAGAAGGAUGGGGGGGAGGAGCAAGAGCAGGAGCAGGGGCCGCUGCAGAAGGAGUUGCGGGAAGGGGCAGACGGACAGGCUGAGGCGCAGAGGCUAGAGUGUGCCGUGUUUGUGUGUGGUCAGCUGGCGCUCAUUGCUGGCGAGCUCGCAGAGACACAGGCUGCUGGUGCAACAGCCACUGCUGGCUCUACUGCUGCUGCUGCUGCUGCUGCUGCUGCUGCUUGUGCUGCAACGGUUGCUGGUGAUGACAGUGAUAGCGAUGGCGAUGGCACUGCUGCUGCUAACGGCGGGAGGCAAGGGAGGACGGGGAAGGGCAAGGGAAGCAGUGGGGGCAGAAGCAGUCGGGGGGGCAAAAGCAGCAGAAGCGAAGUGAGUGAGCAGCUCGCAGCCCUGCAGAGUGCGUUGAAGGAAGCGUCUCAGUGCGUCCUGGAGCUGCUCCUGGGGGCCUCCGCAGCACCAGCUCCCAUUCCAGCGCCCACUGCUGCUGCUGCAAACGCUGGUAUUGCAGCAACUGCAGGCACUGCAGCCGCUGCUGCUGCUGCUGCUGCGGGGAUGCAGGUGUUGCAGGCUCCAGUGUUGGCGCACGGAUGGCUGGCUCAGGGGCGGUUCUGUCUCGUGGACCAUGCACUCGCCAAGACAUGCGUGCCGCUCUUCGUCCAGGAGCUGCAAUGCAGCCCUCUCCCCUCGGUCCGCAACAACAUAGUCAUCGUUCUGACCGACCUCUGUGUGCGCUACACUGCGCUGGUGGACCCCCACGUGCCCUGCCUCUCCGCCUGCCUGCGCGACCCCUGCGAGCUCGUCAGGCGCCAGGCGCUCGUGCUGCUGGCAGGGCUGCUGCAGCGGGACUACGUCAAGUGGAGAGGGACGCUGGUGCUGCGCAUGCUGCUGUCUCUGGUGGACGCAUCACAGGCAAUUAGGGAGGUGGCGCUCCAUCUCUUCACACACGUCGUUCCUCGCCGUGUGCCCUUGGUCCCCUACAACAUCUUCAUUGAGGCCCUCUUUGCCCUCAACGCCUGCCCCUUCGCCCCCUCCUCCACCACCACCGCUCCGCCUCUCCCCUCCUCCGGACCCCGACCUCCCAUUCCCAGCCUUCCCAAUCCUGCCUCCUCCUCCAACCCUGCCUCAUCCCAGCCCGCCCCUUCCAAUCCCUCACAACCCAACCGUGCCAAUUCAACUUCCCCUGGCGGGAGCACCCCUGAGGAAGAGGGGUGGUCGGGGAGGAGAGGGAGGCGCACUGGGGUGGGAGUGAGGGGUGCAGGGGCAGAGAGGGGGGGCUUAGAGGAGGAGUUCGAGCGGUUUUCAUUGAGUGGCCCCACCCGCCAUGCAGCGAGAACCACUGUGUACCGCACUCUUCUCCGCCUCAUGGCUCGCGAACACCAUCUCGCCCUCUCUGCCAAGCUCUGCCUCCAGGUGCUCGCGCCCGUGCUGGAUGGCGCCCUGCCUCUCUCCUGCCCUUCAGUGCAAGCGGUAGUGGGCGAUGCUCUGGACAUCCUCUCGUGCAAGGAGAUGCGCCCAGGCUCAGGCAAGGCGGCAGGUGGGGACGAGGACGGGGACGAGGAGGCUGGGGGAAGUCCUGGAGGGGCCGCAGGGGGAGGAGGAGGCGGAGUUGGGGGGGGUGCAAGGGCAGCAGCAGCAGCAGGAGGAGGAGGGGCAGCAGCGAAUGCAGUGAAAGGGCGGGUGGUGACUCAGCUAAUGAAAAAGAACCUAGUAGAGAACACUAUCCCCAUUCUCAUCGAGCUCAAGAGGCUGCUAGAGGCCCAGAACAGCCCGCUGCAGGGGGCGCUGAUGGGGUGUCUGCGGUGCCUGUUCAAGGAGUACAGGGCGGAGAUAGAGGAUUUGUUGGCGGCGGACCCCCAGCUGGCUAAGGAGUUGGUGUAUGACAUUCAGAAACACGAGGCUGCGAGGGCACGCGCUGUUGCUGCUGCUUCACGGGCUUGUGCUGGUGGUGCUGCUGGUGGCAGUGGUGGUGGUGGUGGUGGUGGUUCUGGCGCUGCUGCUGCUGCUGCUAGUGAUGUCGAUGCUGCUGCUGCUCCGUUUGUUGCUGAGGCUGCUGGGACUGUGGAUACUGAGUCUGCUGAUGCUGCUGAAGCUGCUGAUGCUGCGGAUGCUGCAGCGGUGGGGAGGGAGGAGGGUGACGGGGAGGAAGAGAGCAGGGAACAGGAGGCAGGGGCGAGGAGCAGAAGAAAGUCAGCCGAAUUCAGAACCCCGACUAAGGACAGAGCUGCAGCUGCGGAAUCUGUUGAUGCUGCUCAAGUUGCCGGUGCAGCAUGUGGUGAUGGUGCUGCUGCUGUUGGCACUCCUCCAGCUGCCGCCGUGGCAUCUGCUGGGGCUCCUGCUUCUCCUGCUGGUGCUGCUGCUAGUCAUUCCAACGUGCUGUCUGCUAGUAACCUCUGCAGCCCGCUCUUUGUCACGCCCAAUCCUCCCAGCCGAACCAGAUCCCGCAGCAGAAGCAGGCUCGGGAACGAGAGGUUCGGCAGGAGUGGACUGGCAAGUACAGAGGAGGACGGGCAGGGGCAGGACGAGGAAGACCAAGGGGAGGAGCAGAGUGAGGAGGAGAGGGCGCAGGCAGCAGUGCAGGCAGCGGCGAGAGCAGCGGCUAUUAUCAGGGAUAUAGAGGAGCAUGGGAACAAGACCCCUGUUCUCAGGACUGUGAGCGUGCCCAGGAGAUUGACGAGGGAGGGAGGAGAGGUGGGAGGAGGGGGGGUUCGUGAGAGUGAGAUGGAGACAAGGGUGAGAGAAGCGGAGGAGGAGGGAGAAGGAGAGGCGGCAGGCUUACAUGGGAAGGAGGCAGAGGGAACGACUGGCCAGGGCACGAGGAAGGGGGGCGUCCUGCAGGAGAUUGACUGCCAAGCAGCAGUCGAGAAAGGGAGGGUACAGAAGGGUGGGCGGGAAGAGGUGGCAGCAAGGACGCAUACGGUAGGGAGUGCAAAUAGUGGGCACAGUGCAGAAGGUGGGUGUGCUGGUGCAGGAAGGGGGAGGACCUGUGGCCAGAAGAGCAGGGAGAAGGGGAACAGAGGGGUGCCGCAAGGGGAGGAGGGGCAGGUGAGGGAAGUAGGGGCGAGGACCGGGGGAGACCUGCCAGCUAGACGUGUCACCCGCCGGUCAGCAAAAGCGCAGCGGUAGUGUGCUUUGAGCGACUCUGUGGUGGAGUGACUUUUGAGUGACUGUCGACUCAAAAGUCACUUUGAGUGACUCAGUGGUGGAGUGGUUCAGUCAUGUAUAUCUGCUUUCCCACUCAGCUACCAUGUAAACUCUAACGCGCCCUUCCAUAAGUACUGGUAGUGUUCUCCAUCAGCUGCAGUGUUCCAGUAGAUGGUUACAGUUGAGAACCUUGAGAGUUGUGCACAGUAACGUGAACCAGUUAAAA